AUGUCGAGCCACGAAUAUUGAAAAAAGUUACUGAAAUCAUCUGAUUUUUCUUCAAAAAUACCAGACGAAACAAUACAUUUAGAAUUGCUCUUAAAGGAAUAUUGAAAAGGGAGAUCGAUAUUGGCAGAAAUUGAUUUGGACGAUAAACAUGAUGAGAAAAAAGAUCAAGAAGAAGAAAAGAAAAUAAUUUCAAUUACUCCGAAGCAAAAAUCAAGAAAGCACGUUUUAUCUUUAACUCAUAAGCCUGUUGACAGGUUUGAGCAUAAAAUUAUAAAUAAUACAGAAGCAUUAAAACUUCCACUACACAGGCUAAGCCAGACUCCGAGACGGAAUUCAGCCAAAUCAGACAGUUUAAAGAAAUAUCGACGCAUGCCAAGUAUAGAAAGUUAUGUGGUCAGGAGACAAACUGACAGGAUUAGGCUCAAGCUUAAAAAAGAGCUUUUAAUUCCUGAAGGAUUAAGACUGUAA